AUGAAAUUAGUUAUAUCAAUUGUGACUUCAUUCAGUGUUACAGGUAAAAAUGACAUUAGUUCCGCAUGCCAUGGAAUAUUUUCAUCAGGUGUGACUAGAGCCGAUCGCAUGGUAACUAAGGCAGUUCGGUCAUCACUGAGCGAGCUUCGUAUCGACAGAUGUGAUGUUUUGUUUAUUUUAGAUUUUGUAAAAACAAGGAUAUCGAUAAAUUAUGUCGGGUUUUUAUGUUCAAAGAUUGUCGAGUUGAUUAAUCAAGCAUCACUUUAUGGUAAAGAUACUGUUCGCGUUCAACAUCUUCGUCAUGUACAAGAACUUAUCCUACGGAAAGAUCCAAGUUUACUUGAUAAUUUUCUUGAAGAAGUACUUGGAUUCCAAUCAGAUAAAAGUCCAGAAGUACGAAAGACAAUCAUCUCAUUCAUUGAAGAAGCCUGUCAACAUGAUCCAGAAGUUAUCGUCAAAGUGAUCGAUAGUCUUCAACUUCUACUCUACGAUGAUAAUAUACUUGUACAGAAAAAAUUAGUUGUCAGUAUGAUCACAGUUUAUCGUUUGACAUUGAAAUGGCUUUCAAAAUCUCGACUUUCUGAUGAAAAUGUACGCAGUAUGUGGAAAAGUAUGGCGAAUGUGAAAAAUUCGAUUAUUGCCAAACUCGAUUCAGAUAAUGAUGGACUUCGUACAGUCGCAAUCAAAUUCAUUGAAAUGCUCGCACUCGUUUUAUCCAGACGUUCGCAAGAUUCCAUAAUUCCUGCAUCGAACGAACAAGAUUUUUCACUGAAUUUAUUACAAGAAGAUCAUCGAAUACUAUGUCGAAAUAAACUGGAACAAGAAGGCAAAGAUGUCAUGGAGAAACUACUCGAAUUCACCCUAUCACAACAUCUCUCCAGCGUGAAUCUAAUCGCUGCCAUGGGUGCAAUAGCAAAUAUUGCUCGUCAAAGACCAGAUUACAUGAGUCGAGUUGUACAAACAUUUGAAGCCUUACAAGUGAAUCUACCACCGACCUUGGUGGAUUCUCAAGUUAGUAGUGUGCGUAAAAUAAUCAAGUUGAAAUUAUUGAGCCUGCUUAAACAUCCGGCUUCCUUGGACUUUCAACCACAAAUCACUACAUUAUUGACUGAUCUUGGUGCAACACAAGCAGAAGUUCUCAAACAUCUUCCUAAAGGACCAACAGAACCGAAACGUAAAUUAACGCUCAGCAAUAAUGAAAUCAAUGCGAAGAAAUCAAAACUAAGCACUGAUGAUGUACAUAUGUUCGAUAAAGACGAUUCAAAUAGCGGUAUAUCUACUAAGGGUAUAUCUUCAGGUGUUGCUCAUGGCCCGAGCGGCUCAUCUACUUCAAUGCAUUCAUCUUCAUCUCAUCCUCAACAUCAAACCGCGAUUGAUAUCACCGCUGCUGAUCUUGUUGGCAAAUUAUCCAUUGGCAAUGUUGUUGAUCUCGUACUUGUAUCAAUGCUUCAUCUACCCGAGAAGAUGCCAGCAUCAUUUCAAUCAACCUAUACGCCUAUUGCUGCGGCUGGUACACCUGCGCAGAUUGAGCAUUUAGCACGAUUGUUGGGCGCGCAAUUGACAGCAGCCGGAUAUGGCAAAGGUUAUGAAUUAAUGAAAUCUCAACAGCAAGUAAAAACAUCCGUUGACAACGACAUGGACGACGGCAAAUUGGCUUCGAACUCGACAGCUGUUGCUCGUGAUGGAUCUUACUCUUCAUCUUCGGCAGAUGUUGAGAGUAAACCAAAUGUAUUAUCAGCUGGCGACAACGAGUCAAAUGAUAUGUUAUCGACCACAGCAGGAAUUACUACCAUGUCAACAAUUCCAGGUGUACAGCAGAAGAAAAUGAAACCAUUUAAACUAGCUGACGCAAUUAAACCAAUCGAAUAUGACGAAAUGCAACGAAUGUCCACCGAUUCAUUUUAUCGAAUUUUAAAUUCAGAAGAUGUUUGUGAAACAGCUGGAGUCGGUCAUGUGCGAAAGAAAACGAUGACCUCAUUAGUGUGUUUAUCCGAACGAAGUUUUCGUGAUAUCUACGAAGAUUAUAUCUUUGCUGAAGUUCGUAAACGUUACGAUCUCGCUUUUGCAUGGUUAUACCAAGAAUAUGUGUAUGCUAACGGAUAUUUGAGUAUCUUAGAUCCAAAUAAACGAAAAGAUUUUACUAAAUACGAUGACACACUGUGUCGUCUCUUGGAAUAUUUGCAAGAAAAACCAGAUCAACGUGAUGGUUUAUUUUCUCGAUUGUUAACAAGUGCACCACUGAUCACAGAUAAUGCCUUACUUGUCUUAAAAAGAUAUUGUCAAGACGAGAAUCGUUGUCAAUUCGGUAUGAAUACUCUAAGAGAUUUAGUCUUUCGUCGAGUAAACAUGCGUGAAAAGUUCUUGGAUAUAUUACUUGAUUUUACUCAUAAUGAGAAUAAUUCUGUCCGAACUAAUGCAAUACGAAUCGCGAAAAGUUUGUACGAAAAAGAAGACUUCAGGCAAUCAAUUGAGCGACACGCUUUGAAAUUUUUGAAACACUUAACGGCAUCUCAACCGCCUGAAGCACUUUUUGGUGAAGACAAAAAAGCAUCAACAAUACCAGUUGAUACAUGGACGGAAGAAUCGAUUCGGCUUUGUCUACCAUUAUAUCUCAAUUUAAUGCCAUUGAAUCAUCAGCUAAUACAACCAUUAGCAACAGUCUAUACGGCGGUUAACGGUGAUAUAAAACGUGUCAUCAGUCGUGUUUUGGAAGUUCCCGUUCGUGGAAUGGGUAUGAAUAGUCCUGAACUAUUGAAACUAGUUGAAAAUUGUCCCAAAGGUGCUGAAACGUUAGUAACGCGUAUUAUCAGUAUUCUCACUGAGCAAACUGCGCCCUCGCCUGCUCUAGUUGAAAAAGUGCGAGAUUUGUACCAAAAGCGAGUCUCGGAUGUUCGCUUUCUCAUACCUGUACUUACCGGUUUAGAAAAGAGAGAAAUUAUCAGUGCAUUACCUAAACUCAUCAAACAAACUCCACCAGUUGUGAAGGAAGUUUUCAACCGACUCUUAGGUCUUAAUGCUUCGCCUGAAGCACCACACACAAGUCCCAUCUUACCCUUUGAAUUAUUAGUUGCUCUACAUCAAAUCUCACCAGAAGAAUGCGAACUAAAGACUGUCAUGAAUGCGACUACAUUAUGUUUCAAUGAACGCACGAUCUACACACAUAAUGUUCUUGCCAUUGUUAUUCAACAGCUUGUGGAUAUCAAUCCAAUACCCGUUUUGUUUAUGCGAACGGUUUUACAAGCACUGAGUUUCUAUCCAAAAAUGGUCGGUUUUGUUAUGAAUAUUUUGCAGCGAUUGAUCACGAAACAAGCAUGGAAACAAGCGCGAAUCUGGGAAGGUUUCAUAAAAUGCUGUCAAAAAACUCGUCCACACUCAUUUCCAUUACUUAUCCGACUACCUCCCCCGCAAUUAAAACAUGUUUUGCAAACAGCACCUGAACUACGCGAAGGUCUCAUACGUCACAUACGUUCGAUGUCCGCACCACAACGUUCGUCCAUUCCAUCAUCGAUCUUAUCGGUUAUUGAGGAUAAUUCGGAAACAGUCUCACCAGAAAUUCGUAUCCAAACGAUUCCGACGACAGCGUCUGCGCCAACUGAGCAAUAG